AUGGUGACUGCAGUGCAACAGAACAAUGGGGACAACAGGGCAACAGAACAAUGGGGAAUGCAGGACAACAGAACAACGGGGACAAAAGGGCAACAGAACAAUGGGGAAUGCAGGACAACAGAACAAUGUGAACAGCAGGACAACAGAACAAUGUGGACAGCAGGGCAACAGAACAAUGGGGACAGCAGGGCAACAGAACAACGGGGACAACAGGGCAACAGAACAAUGGGGAAUGCAGGACAACAGAACAAUGUGAACAGCAGGACAACAGAACAAUGUGGACAGCAGGGCAACAGAACAAUGUGGACAGCAGGGCAACAGAACAAUGGGGACAGCAGGGCAACAGAACAACGGGGACAACAGGGCAACAGAACAAUGGGGAAUGCAGGACAACAGAACAAUGUGAACAGCAGGACAACAGAACAAUGUGGACAGCAGGGCAACAGAACAAUGUGGACAGCAGGGCAACAGAACAAUGGGGACAGCAGGGCAACAGAACAAUGGGGACAGCAGGGCAACAGAACAAUGUGGACAGCAGGGCAACAGAACAAUGGGGACAGCAGGGCAACAGAACAAUGUGGACAGCAGGACAACAGAACAAUGGGGACUGCAGUGCAACAGAACAAUGGGGACAACAGGGCAACAGAACAAUGUGAACGGCAGGACAACAGAACAAUGUGGACAGCAGGGCAACAGAACAAUGGGUACAGCAGGGCAACAGAACAAUGGGGACAGCAGGGCAACAGAACAAUGGGGACAGCAGGGCAACAGAACAAUGUGGACAGCAGGGCAACAGAACAAUGGGGACAGCAGGGCAACAGAACAAUGGGGAUAGCAGGGCAACAGAACAAUGUGGACAGCAGGGCAACAGAACAAUGGGUACAGCAGAGCAACAGAACAAUGUGGACAGCAGGACAACAGAACAAUGGGUACAGCAGGGCAACAGAACAAUGGGGACUGCAUGGCAACAGAACAAUGGGGACAGCAGGGCAACAGAACAACGGGGACAGCAGGGCAACAGAACAAUGGGGACUGCAUGGCAACAGAACAAUGAGGACUGCAGGGCAACAGAACAACGGGGACAACAGGGCAACAGAACAAUGGGGCAACAGGGCAACAGAACAACAAGGACUGCAGGGCAACAUAACAACGUGGACAGCAGGGCAACAGAAUAAUGGGGGCAACAGAACAAUUUAG